GGGUACAUCUACAUCUAAUCCUUCCCUUCCUUCAUCGGCUGUUUUUGGAUUGAUACCAGUUCUUUGUGCCUCCGUAGGAUCUCCCCUGGACGCUGGUCGUCGUCUGUUCCUUUAAGUUGCCCCCCUUGUUGUUGAACUAGCUCUUUGUGUAGAACUAAAUUUCGCAAUGAUCAGCCGUGGUCGGUUGUUGGCGUUCUUCAGUCGCGGGUGGCAUGCCCACUGGAAUGUGAUCUUAACCUCAAUCCUGUUUGUGAAUGCUGGUGAAUAAGAAAGUCCAGGACACUCUUUCAUGGCUUUGUUUUCUGUGAUGACGGAGGUGAGCUGGGUGGUAACAGUGAUAACGGACUGUUGUGGUCUUCUCCUGUGAGUCUGUCUGGUCCUGACGGAAUUACAGGCUUUGUGUAGUCACUUCAAUGUGUUUUCAAUAGAAGCUAGUCUGUCGCUUUGCUGUGAGCAGCAUGGUGGUGGUGGAGAUGUGGAUGGUGUUCCAGGGUCGCUGAGGGAAUCCAGGGUUUUGGGGUUUGGCGCAGAUUUGGCUUUGCUCUUCGUUGUGUCGUCCGUUUUGUCUUCCUUCAUGAUGCAAAGCCUGUGGAAGCUACUCGUCCACAUGUUGUUCCAGGUGGUCCAGAUCGCUUGAUGUUAUAGUCCAGACUAUAGUCCACCUAAGAAAGCAAAGCUUUGAGAGCAGUGAGUUGUGUCUGGGCAGUUAAACAGAGCUCUAUAAAGCCAAAGGGAGAUGCAGACUCAGCUGAUAAUUGCCUGUUUUAGCCAAAAAACCUCUGAUUGGUGAUCUGUACAGGUCCAAAGGUAACUCACAUCCCGAAAGAGGAACGACAACAAGAAAAACAUGUUUCAACGAAACACUGAACCAAUCCUUUAAGACCCAGCUUAUACAGAUAUAGAGCAGCCACUCUCCCUUUGCUAUAUGCCAGCUCAUCAGCAUGACGAUAUCAUUGGGGGGGUGCCAGUGAUCUCCACCUGCUGCUGACGCAGUUCUGUCAACAUGUCCACAGUCAACCGGAUUUGCCUGUUUUUACUGCAAUGAAGUCGCCAAACUGUAAGCUUGCCUCGGCCAUAGUUUAUCCUGGUCUUCUUGUUUCAACCUGCUCUGCUUACGUCUGCACUGUCGGCCCACUACCCUGUUUUUUGGACCACAACACUGACAAGUUCAGGUGGGGGAGGUGAAGGCGUGAGGAUUAGCUGCAGGCAGACACUAACACCUGUACAAGCCUAACAGGCAGCCAUAAUGGCGAAACUCACAGAGGAGCUCUGGAACACCCUGCAGAACUUAAAAGAGGACGAGUUUGAGAGCUUCAAGUGGUUCUUGAAGCAGGAUGACGUCCUGGAAGGUUCUUCAGGCAUCCAAGUGGCUCGGUUGGAAAAGGCAGAAAGGCGGGACACAGUGGACCUGAUGGUACAGAAGUAUCAGGGUCCUGGAGCUCUGGAGGUGGCCUUGGCGGUUUUAGAAAAGAUCAGCCGGAAUGAUCUGGUGCAGCAUUUGAAAAGCUCAGGACCAAAAGACCUCAAGAACCGCGACGCCGUUCCUCUCAAAUGUGAUCACAAAAGAGAGACGGUAGAGCUGCGGGCCAAAAUGAAGCUGAUGAUCCAGGAGAGACAGACGAAGAUCGGGGAAGUGAAACGCUCAGCGGAGCUCAGCGGCAGAUCUGCAGACAGACACAUCGCAAACAGUGAGAAGGUCUUCGGUGUUUUGCUGAAGUCUGUCGAGAGAAUUCUGGCCAAUCUCAUCGAAGCUCUUCAUGAGAAGCGGAAAACCGCACAGAAAAAGGCUGAUGAAGUCAUCCAAGAGCUGGAGCAGGAAAUCUCUGAACUGGAAAAGAGAGGCAAGGAGAUGGAGCAGCUCACCGGCACUGAAGACCACCACAACUUCCUCAACAGCUUCUCCUCCCUGAAUGCUAAGCUAACCACCAAGACCCGGACGGAAGUCAAAGUUCCAUCUUAUGGGGAAAGUCUGCAGACCGCUGUGAAUCAGCUGGAGGAAAAACUCAGCACAGAGAAGAAGAAGUUGAUCGCUAAGGCCAAGCUGAUCAGGGUCCAGGAGUAUGCACAGGACGUGACCCUGGAUCCUGAUACAGCAAACCCCUUCCUCAUCUUGUCCGACGAUGGGAAACAAGUUCACUGCAGCGACGUAAAACAAAACCUCCCAGACAACCCAAAGAGAUUUAAUACUGCCAGCAACGUCCUGGGAAAGCAGAGUUUUUCUUCAGGGAGAUUUUACUACGAGGUUCAGGUGAAAGGGAAGACAUCCUGGGAUUUAGGAGUCGUCAAAGAGUCGAUCGACAGAAAGGGAUCUAUCGAAGCGAGCCCUCAGAGCGGAUACUGGACUAUAUGUUUAAGGAAAGGAGCUAAGUACAAAGCAUCCGCUGUGAAUCUCAAUGUAAAAUAUCAGCCGCAGAGGGUGGGCGUGUUCGUGGAUUAUGAGAAGGGUUCGGUCUCCUUUCAUGACGUCGAUUCUGCAGAGCUCAUCCACUGUUUCACUGACUGCUCCUUCACCGAGAAACUUUACCCGUUCUUCAGUCCCAGCUGUCGCCAUGACGGUAAAAACUCCGCCCCUCUGAUCAUCUCUCCUGUCAGUUACAUCGAUUAGACUUCACAGGCGCCUCCACAACAAGAACAAAUUAAAGCGAUCUGCAGUUGAGAUGUUAGUGAUUGAUGCAGGAGAGGAGAGACAUCAGCCGCUGGGAUCAGAGGAAAUCUCUCAUUUACUUAAAGGAAAACUUUCGUUUUUUACAACCUGGACCUUAUUUCUAACAUUGAAU